UCGAGAACGAUGAGAAAGGCGUGCUUCUUCGGAUAAGACCAAACUCAAGCCACAGUCGGGACGACAAUAGCACUAGGGGCUCCUGGCGUCGCUACUAGGAGCAAGGACGCUACGUUCGGGGCUCCUGGCCUUACUAGGAACAAGGACGCUACUAGGUUGGAUCUAAUCCAAACGAGUCCAUGACACGACGCGUACGAGAGAGGUCGGAAAACCAUGUGUCCAUUGGCAGGUGGGGGAUAGAGUGUCCUUUCGUCGGGAAGUCUCUUGAGGGUAUAUAUUCCUUUCCGGCAGCUUGGCUUGGCUCAUUUUUCAGUCGCCACCUGUUGCGCCACUGACUUGACAGACGCCAUGGCUCGCCAACAAAGGAGGCUUUUCCUUUGCGUGUCACUGGUGUGGCUGGGCCUUCACUCGCGCACCUUGCUGGGUUGGACUCGGGAAGAGGCCAAGCAACAGGUGGAAAAGAACAUCAAGGUCUGGAAUUCACCACACAGCUUUCGCCUUGCAGGCUCUAAGUUCGCCGUGGACACCGUCUCCCAGGGCGCCUUGCAAUGGCAAGUGAGGGCCACGGAGAACACCAACACCACGCCCAACGCACUCUUUGUGGCACGUGAAGAUGGCGGAAACGUGGUGUAUGGCUUGAACUACGACUCCAAGAAGAGCGAACUAAAGCCCUUGGGGGAUCACCGAAUCCAAUUCUCAGCCACAGGUGACGAAGAGUUCAACGAUCUGGAUUGGACUUUGCGAGUGGAAGGCCAAGACAACGACCAGCCUCGUCACUUGCAAGCCACUGGCAACAGCGAUGAUGUUGUCUACGAUGGAUCUUUCGGCUGGGAAAAGACUCUGAAGAAUGGACUAGGCUUGCUUUACGCGGUGGAUGCCAAGCGACGCUCGGGUGGUGAAGGCGUGUUGCCCAACUGGAUGCAGCAAAGUGCCGGACUGAAGUACCGAACCAACUUCGGCGAUGCCAAGGUGCUCCUCUUUCAACCCGAUCCGGAAUCUGACAAGAAGACAUUGGAGUAUGAAGCAUCUUGGAAGGGUAAGCUGCAAGGACUGAGCGGUGGGGUCGGGAAGAAGAUCCUCACGACGGAUCCGCAGUACAAACUGAAGCUCACCAACGAAGGCCUUGCAGGCAAGGUGCGCGCCCCCGCGAAGUUGGGCACAGCCUUCGGAGCAGAUGCAUCUUUGAACAUGGAUGGAGAGAAGGAAUUCUCAGGCUUCGCUGAGUGGAAGGGCAAGAAGGAGCUCUCCAAGGGCCUGGAGCUCUCGGUCGAUACGAAAGCCACCGCCGAGGAAGGGAAUGUGUCCUUGGCGCCCAUCGGUUUAACUCUGGCAGCCAAUCUCGGAAAGCUGGCGCCCAAGAUGGCCACAGACGACUCGUCGCUGAACUUGCGCAGCCGCUACAAGUUGGGCUCCGAUCGGCCCAGCUUGCAGGCCAGGGCCUCCGUGAGCCCCAAGAAGUUGCCCCAGGUGAAGGCUGCAGGGGAGGCCACUUGGGAUGAUAGUGGCAGCCUGAGUAGCACCUUGAAGCUCACAGCGGAGCAUUUGCAUGGUGUUGAUGCGCGAUAUGAGAUGUCCAGCGGCAAGAAGGGUCUUCUGCAAGGGGCUGAAGUGAGACUUCCACGGGUGGAGUUCCAAGAUGGCAGCUACCUGCGUGGCACUGGAAAGGUAUACAAAGGCGCAGAUUGGGGUGAGAAGCCCCGAGUGCAGCUGGGGGUCCAAUAUGAGGGUAAUUUGCGUAUCCUGGACAAGGACUUGAAGCUCGGUGGCGAGAGCAGUGGCUUCGACUCUGGCAGGAAUCUCUUGGAUGAGAUGGGCAAACCCUGGAAGAGCCCCGAGAUCAACAAGGCUCGUAACAGUGCCAAGGUGGUGAGGAACUACAUCAAGAGUGAGACCGGACAGGGCCGCCGGUGGAUCUCCAAGUGAGAGGGUUGAACGAAGUUUUGAGUGGAUGGGGGCUCACUGUGGCGGAUGUCCUUAU